CUCACUCUUCAAUCCCCCGAUUCUGUCUCCGUUUUGUGUAGCUGCACUAAAAUGUUUAAGCGAAAAGCAUAUUUGGACCACCCAGGUAUACAGACAGUUGAUUUACCUGACAGUGUGUCUAAUUGGGAAAGAUAUAAUCUUGAAGACCUGAACAUUUUUUAUGCAGAAGACUUUGCUAAGGACCCAUUAGAAAUACUAAAACAGAUAAAAACUCUGACAGAUUUCGACGAAGAUCAACUAUCGUAUAUUCAUUCUGUGCAGGACUGGUUGAAGUUUGAUGCAUCAGUGUUAAAGUUGAAGUUUCAAAGAUCAGUGGUUGAGUCAACAAUUUCUUUAUUAUAUGAGAAAUUAACAAAAGAACCAAACAUGGUAAUUACCAUGAAAGAAGCUUUUGUUAUACAGAAAGUAAAGCGAUUUACUGCUGCUUAUGACAGACUUCUAUCUGAAAUACAAGACCAUCACAGACUAUUGAAAUCAUAUGAAGGAGUUUACUCACGAUUUAUUUGUGGAUUUGCAGAUUUAUGUUGUCUAGAAACAGUGAAUAUUUCUAAAACUGAGCAAACAACAUGGACAAAUUUGAGAGGAAAGACAGUCAGAUCAGAAGCAGAUUUCCAUUUCUUCAAGCUUGGACUUCAACAGGAAAGAACAGAUACAUGUGUUUCAAUUGUCAAGGUAAAGAACAAAAAGACAACAAAAAGAAAGCAAGAAAGACAGCAGCAAAGAAGGAAAAGAAUGAGAAGUUCAACAUUGGACACUAGUGAAUCAUCUUCUGAUAUCUCUGACAGCAGUACUGACUCAGAAGGACACAACAGAAGGAGACCAGUAUACAGUACUGAAGAUAAACACGCACCACCUCUAAUACUUGAUAUUACAAAUGAAAGAAUAAUUGGACAGCAUGGUGGGGAACUUCUUCUAAAUCUGAACAAAUUCUAUGGAGAUUUGGAAACUGAUACUCUCACACUACCUGGGAUAAUUGUUAUUGAAACAUCAGUUAUAUUCACCCUCUUAGAAAUGUCAAAGAAACAUUUAGAAAAGCUGAAAAGUAAUGAAGAACUUGACAAUCAAGAUGAGGCUACAAUUUACUAUUCACCACCAUAUGACAUUCUCUGUGAAGAAUCUCGAAAUAUCUUGAUAGAAAAUUUUAUGAGACUCAAUAAUGUAAAUGUUUAAAUAAAAAUUUAUAUACUUA